AUGUCUUUAAACUAUUUACACUCUACAGAAUCUAUAAUUCGUCAAAAAUUAACAAAAGCAUUAUCUCCAUCUAUUUUAGAGAUUUAUAAUGAUUCAUAUCUACAUAAAUAUCAUGCGCCAAUGAAAAAUAAUACAAAUCUUGAAAGCCAUUUUAGGAUCAUAAUAGUAUCUGAUGCUUUUAAAGGUCAUGGACAAGUUGCACGCCAUAAAAUAGUUUAUAAUUUAUUAAAAGAAGAAUUAGAAAAUGGCAUACAUGCUUUACAGUUGUAUACAAAAACGUGUGAAGAGGCAUAA